AUACCAAGGAUAUCAUCACUCUAAACUUACCUCAUGGUGACAGUUCUGUUGACUUUGCAGCAAUGGUUAAGAUAUGUCUGGGCAUCUCCCUAUUUUUUACUUAUCCAGUGAUGAUGUUUCCUGUGACGCAUCUUCUUGACAAAACUUUAGGUUUUAAUGCAGUUCCUUACAAAGGAAACAUCAUGCGCUUGGUGCUAGUUGCAGUUACUGGACUGGUUGUGAGUGCAGUUCCUAAUUUUGCCAUUCUUAUGGGUCUUAUUGGAGCCACAUGCUGCACUUUGCUGGCUUUCAUCUUACCUGCAGCAUUUCAUAUGUCUAUUUUCAAACAACGAUUGACUAAACGCCAGUGGUAUUUUGAUGCGAUGUUGAUAUUCUUAGGAAUAUCAGGGUCAAUUAUUGGUGUUUGUGAUGCGUUUAAUCGUAUGAAUGGUCAUGAUCAGGUAGUAGAACUAAAUGAAUUUUCUCCAAUUAAGUUUAAAAAUAAUACUGUUCAAAAUGACCUGCUUCUACCAAAACCUGCCUCAGUUUUAAAAAAUAUUUCUACCACAGUGCAUUCUGCAAUUGCGCAAACAGAAGCAAACUAUAAUAUUACUGUAAAACCUACAAUUAAAACAGUUGUGAAGCCAACAGAAAGACAAACUUCCGCUGUAGUAUCCAAAGAAACAGCAGUAGUUCAACCUAAUUUGGUUGUGACUAAUGCUGAUAAGGUUUUGCCAACCUAUAGUUCUCUUCAGUCUAACACAGGAGAGCCAAGUUUAAGCAAUAGUGUAUCCAGUUCAACUAGAGUUAAAAGUAUGGGAGAUAAGGAAGCAGUACAGAUAGAAUCUAGUAAAGUUUCUACAAUAGAUGAGGGUUUUCCCUUGGAUAAAGAGAAGCUCAAUGUGAGGACGGUAUCAUCCACAGAAAAAUCCAAUGCCUGAGAAGUUGCUCACAUUUAGGAUCUAUCAUGUGAAUAGAAAAGUGUUUAUUAAUGGUAUUUGAUUUUACAUAAAUUACUUUGAUAAAUGAGUCGUGAAGGUUGAAUUGCUUGUUGUCAGAGUUCUUUAUAUUGUAUGGUUUCCAAGGCAAUGAAGGGUUAUGUAUGUGGUUUUAAGAACUGUGUUAUUUGUGUUGAUAUUUGGGUUUCAUUUUUGAAUAUUA